UUUUCUUUUUGUGUUGAUUUCUGUACGGGGAAGAGUCACUGAUCCAAUCUUAGCAGCUCCUUACGCCGUCGCUAUCUUUUCAUCUACAAAUUGUUAUUUCGUCUUUCGCGCCUACCGCUUAAGCAAGUACGACGAACGGUGUUUGCUCGCUGGUCGUCAAAUCCAACCAUCGUUCACGUUCGCUCUGUUGAUACAAAAAAACGCCGCUCUCUAUAAUAAUUUAAUCCAUAGUUCCAACUAAUUCUCGCAUAGUCACCGGUCCACGUACGUAAGACAGCCUUGUUUGAGUCCGUGUCUCAAAAAUAUUCCCUACGUUUUGAUUUGCUUGGCGCCCACUACUGUCGGAUCAGUUAAAAAAAAAAUAACCGUUUCUUGGUCAAGUUUUGAUGGUCAAUUAUCUUUGAGUACCUUAACAUCAAUUGAUAAAAAUGGUUGCUGAUAGUUGUCCGAACCCACAAAGUGUGGGACGUGAAUUUGUUCGUCAAUAUUAUACUAUGUUGAAUCAAUCUCCUCAUUACAUGCAUAGAUUCUAUAGUAGCGAUUCAUAUUUUGUACAUGGAGGUUUGGAACCAUAUAGCAGGGACAUGACUCCCAGUAUUGGUCAAAAAGAAAUUCAUAAACGUGUACAAGAACUGAAUUUUCGCGACUGUCAUGCUAAGAUCUUACAAGUUGAUUCACAGAACACUCUUGGAAAUGGUGUGGUAGUUCAUGUCACUGGUGAAUUAUCUAACUGUGGGCAGCCAAUGCGUCGUUUUGCACAAACUUUUGUAUUGGCAGCUCAGUCUCCUAAGAAGUAUUAUGUUCAUAAUGACAUUUUUCGUUAUCAGGAUGUGAUGUUGAAUGAAGAUGAUGUAAAUGAUGAAGCAGAUUCUGGACAAUCUGAUGGUGAAGAAAAUGGAGAAGUUGAACAAACUCCUGUUACUCAACAACCUCAGCAUCAAGUAAAUUACUAUAAUACAACAACUCAGGGACAGAAUUUGAAUGGGGUUGCUUUGAAUGUGAUACCUGCUUCGGUCCCAGUACAACAGUUGCUGCCUGAGCAAAUUCCUGUUCAAGUUCAACAACAUAUUCCAACUGUUACUGCUCCGGUACAAAAUGCAGCUCCUACUGUACUGUCUCCCAGUAAUAAUGUAUCCAGAACUCAACCAACAUAUAACCAAAACCAAAUAUUGGCAGAACAACCUAAAAUUCAACAUCAAGAAGAACCUACUAUUCAUAAUGUGGAUAUAAAGGAAAAUCAAGAACCUAUUAAAAAGGAUGUAUCGAUUACUGAAGCUGUUUCACCUGGAGAUCAACCAAAACCAUUAUAUGCACAGCUUUUCAAAUCUGGUUCACGAUCAACAGAAACUCAUGCUGAAGCCCCUCAACCAGCUUCUGUACCGACACAAAAUUACUCAACUCCUUCUUUACCUAAAGCAACUUCACCAGUUCGAAAUAAUGAUUAUUCAAGUAAUGCCUUUCCUAAUAAUCAGUAUGAGCAAAGAGGCAAUGUUAAUAGAAAUAUGAGGAACAAUUAUAAUGGUAGAGGUGGAGUUGGUGGAAGAAAUUUGAAUGAUAGACCAAACAGAAAUUCUUUUAAUAAUCGCGAAAAUGGAUACAAUAAUGGUCCUGGCAACGACCUUAGGAUUAAUAGAGGUAAUCAAUCUGGAUCUUAUAAUGGUAUGUUCCAGUCUGAUGAACAACAAUUGUUUAUUGGUAAAAUCCCUCCAGAGGUUCAAGAAAGUGAUUUGCGGAACUUAUUCGAAAAGUUUGGUAAUUUAUUGGAUGUACGAAUAAUGAAAGGAGGCAGCAAAACUGGUGAUCCAUCUAUGAAUGGCAAUUUUGGUUUUGUCAUUUUUGAAAGUAUAGACACGGCACAUAAAGUAUUAAAGAGUCGACCUAUUAUGCUCCCUGGAGAAAAUGGCAUUAAGUUGAAUGUUGAAGAAAAGAAAAAUAAGUCUAGAAGUUCAAUGGUGAAUUCUGAUGGUGGCAGUGGUGGUGGAGGUGGUUUAGGUCGUGGUGGUAUGCGUACGGGCAACAAUCGUGGAGGUUUCAAUAGAAACCAGAAUGAUGGACCUAGAAACAACAACUUUAGGCGUCAAAAUUAAUAAUAAUAAUUAAAUUUAAAUAUGAUUAAAAAAAGAACUUCAAUAAAUACUCAAGAUGACCAGAAAAAUCCCUAAUAAAGACGCUGUUCAGAAUUUAAGAAAGACUACAAUUUUAUACUGUUUUUUGCUAGAUAGCUUCAAAUUUUAUUUCCUUUGCAUUUACAAAUCAUUUUUCCUAUUACUAUUUAUCCACUUGAAUAAUGUUUAUACCUCAAAGUAUUGACUUUGUCCAUAAUAUAUAAAUCAUAUAUGUCGUAUAUCGAAUCACAAACCUAGUCAAGUAAAAUUUUUCAACAUGUU